AUGGCUAAAUGCGAAGCAUGCAUCCUUGGGAUCAGAAUGGCAGUUGACAUGAAUGUCAAAGGACUUUUGGAGUUGUACAAAAAGUUUACAAAGAUUGAGUUCAAGCACAUUCCCAGGAUUCAGAACGAGUUCGCUGAUGCCCUUCCCACCCUAUCAUCUAUGAGCCAGCAUCUAGACAAGAACUGCAUCGACCCUAUCGAGGUAGAGAUCAUGGAUCAGUACGCCUAUUGCUUCCAUGUAGAUGAAGAACCAGAUGGUAAACCAUGGUAUCACGACAUCAAGAAAUUCCUUGUAACCAGAGAAUACGUGAAGGAUGCUACUAAUGGUCAAAAUCGAGCCCUCAGAAGGCUGGCAAACCAUGUUUUCCUCGACGGGGAAGUCAUGUAUAGGAGGACCCCAGACUUAGGUUUGUUGAGAUGCAUAGAAGCAGCUCAGGCAACUAGACUAUUAGAAGAAGUACACGAGAGAACGUGUAGACCCUAG